ACCAUUUUUGAACUUGAAGCUUUCAUGAGCCUUUUGGUUUCUUGUUUAUUUUGAUUUUGUUUUAUUUUCGUCGUUGAUUAUGUUUAUCAUUUAAUUGGAAAAGAGUUGAUUCAAUUACCUCCAAAUGUCUUUAACUAAUCAUCUUCAUCUUAAUCAGUGCGCUUGUUUUACUGCUCUCACACACUUAAUAUCUUUGUGUGUAAAUCUAUUUACUCGUCUGGAAUCUCUACUUUUUGGCUUAUCCCAAGUUGAUAAUUGGUGAUUGAUUUCUCUUCUCAAACCAACGAAAUGUUCAUGUAAAUAAUGUUACCAUUCAACCACAGUUAUCCAGUAACGUUAUCCAUUGAAGAUUUGUGAUCAUCUUACUAUUAUCAUCUUAUCCAUGUCUAUUUACCUGUUAAUUAAUUGAUCCAAAUUAUGUUUACUAUUAAUCAUCUUCCUGUUUUACACCAAAAUUGUGAUUUAUUGUUCAACAAAAUUAUUUCUCUACUCUCAUCUGUAUAAACUGUUAAUCUUUUACCUUUUACCUGCCCUUUUAUCCGGGUGUUUCACCGGAUCAUAUGGUAGGUGUUCAUCUUCAACGAAGCUGUUAAUUCAAUCUGAUCAUCUAUUGUCAACCAUAGUUGAUCUUCCUUCAAGGCAUCUUCAUGAUGGAUCUUGAAGAUCCAACAAGAAUGGAAUAUGAAAUUGUUGUACCGGUCAAACCAUUACCUUCAUCUGACAAACCAUUAAAAGGUCUAUUGAAAAGGAAUAAAUGUGAUUCUAAUUCGUCGUCAUCAUCAUCUAGUUCAUCAGAGAAAGAUGGGAAAGCAAAGAGAAGAGUCAAAUUUGCUGAAACCAUGAUGGUUUUUUGUGACGAUUGGCCUCAGGAAGUGAUGCCUCAAAUUAUUGCUCUCAAAUCACCCACAGAUUUCAAUCUGAUUGAAAUAGUCGCCUCUGGUUUUAUGUUUGACCCUCCCGUCGAGUAUCAAGAUCUGUUACCAUUUGAUCCUCCACCCGAUUACCAGGAUUGUGUAUCUUCCAAUAAACAUCCUUCCAUUAUUCCAAUGUCUUCUUAUGAGAAAGAUUCAUCGAUUAGUUUCAUCGAUGAUGACGAUCAAUGUGAGUCAGAUGAGUUUGUCAACGAUUAUCAUAAUCAGCUCAACUCAUCUCUUCAUUGGGAGAAUAUUUUAAAUGAAAGUGAGAUACUCGAAGAAGAUAUUAUCGGUGUUCUCAAAGAGGAUGAAAUACUUCAGGCUAUUGGCUCCCAAACGGCUGAUAUUGACACUGUCUUCCAUCCGAUGGAAUCGGAAGAAAAUUUCAGUGAGACUGAUUUUCCUGUACAUUAUCAAAAUGGUCAAUUCAUUCAACAGAGUCAAGGGUUCAAUUCAAAUGUCAAUUCCAUUGGUCAUUCAAGUUCAGAUGAAGGAUAUCAUGUUGUUGAUGGUUAUUGUGACAGAAUAAAUCAAGCUACUGAAACAUCUGAAACAUAUUCAGAAGCGGAAGAGCUUUCGUCUGAUCUUGCAAGUGAUUCUAGUUUUACCUCUCAAGAUACAAUCAUCUUGACCACACCAUUGGCCAGUGAUCCUAACUCGUUAUGUCGUAACGAUUUUCACCCCUCUUCAUCAUCAGCCGAUAGUCUUUUAUCACCAGGUAAAACUGUUGUUACUUAUGUUGAUCAAUAUUCCGAUUACACACAGCUUGAUGUUAACCUAGAAUUUGAAUCGAAAUUGAACAAACCUGUUUUGGAAACAAUUAACGACGAAGAAGAAGAAGUUCGAAGUGAAGCUGAUAUUGGAAGUAUCAGUGAAGAUCGAAGUUCUCUCAACGAAUCUACCCUGGAAGAUGUAAAUAAGGUUAAUAGUGAUAAUUAUCGCUCAAAAAGUUCGAAUGAAACAUCUGGAAAAGAUGAUUGUACAACAUCAAUUGAAGGAGAUGAUGGAGAUGAUGAUAUUGUUUCUGAAGCUGAUAAUAGUUUGAAUCAAGGUGAAGGUUCUUGUAAUAUUAAUGAAGUAAAUACUGUAAUUAGGAAAGAGGAUAAAGAAGGUGAUUUCAAUGCUGAUGAUGAAUCAAACCAAUCAACCGGAAACAAUGAAAAUUACAUGAGUGAUAUUCAUGGAGCAAUAAGAAAUGAUUCCAUCGGUUCAAAAAUCCUUAACACUAAUAAUAAUGAGCCGGUUAAUCAGUUAAAUGAAGUCAGUGAAAGUAUGAAUACAAGACCGUUAGCAAGAACUGGUCCGGUGAAUGAAUGCCCUGAGGGUUCAGUUAAAUCAGUGUCACUGGCGAAACCACUACCUGCUCCCUCAUCAUUAACAUCAUCACCUUCAUCAUUAAAUGCAUCUUCAACAACAAUGAGUUCAUCAUCAUCACCUAUUCAAUCAUCCAUUAUUGGACCUACAACAGUCGUUUCAUCGUCCACCUUUAUACCAACUCAAUCAGCUUCAGUUGUCAAUACCUGUGGAUCUAAUGUUGUUGUUAUCGGUCUAGUUGAUUGUGAGGGAAUUAAUAAGUCAACCAAUCACCCACAGCAACUAUUAACUGCCGUACCAGUGAACGCAACCUCAGUCUCUGUUUCAGCGAUUCGUAAAGCCUUCGAGGUAAAACACGAAUCUGAAGCUCCUCUUUAUGAAAAUAUAACUGAGAUGAGAAAUAAGACUAAAAAUACUUCCCAACCAGCUCCAGCGCGGCCUAAAUCAUUUCCAUUCUCUAAUUUUAAAUUGGGUAAAAGUGUAGAGUCAAACAAAAAUAACUACAAUUCGGUCAACAACAGUACAUCAACAAACAGUAGCAGCACUUCAAACAUCAACAACAACGCUAAUGUUGGUAACAAUAGUAACCAGUCAGGUAGCAGUGGGUCAAGUUUAAUCAAAGAAGCGACAAAUGUGAUGACCGAAAAGCUUAAGUGGUUAACAUUACAUGGCGGUGGUGACAGCUCAAAACAAUUAACUAAUGAUGAAUCUGGUAAAACCGCACAACCAUCAACAUCAUCAACAACAACAAUUAAUGAAAAUAAGUCUAAACAGUCACAACAACAACAACAGCAGCAGCAUCAACAACAACCACAACCACAACGAUCCAAAGAAGAUCUCAUAAUAGAAUACACAUCAGAACCUCGAGGUGCUCAGCAAGUUAAACGCGUAUCAUUAACUGAAGCAGCGUUGAAAGCAGCGACUUGCAAUAACACUAAAGGAGUAAAUACUCUUCCAGGGAAUCCAUCAUCUGCUCAAAUAGUCAGUCAUUACCAUCAUCUUCAUCAUCACCAUGGUCAAGGGAUUACAUCACAUCAGAUUGUCCACCCUUCUCACCAACAACCUCACCUUCACCACCAACAACAACCUCUUGCAAUUCCUGUUAAUCACUUACAAUGUUUUCCACCAGGAACUAAUAUUCCGGCAUCGAUAUCUACAAUGGGAACAGCCCAUCAAAUUGUCCAUCAUCCUGCUCAUCCCCCUGCAUCGAUCCAGCACCUCGGACCGACACCACAACAGAUUCAAUUGGUCAAGUCGGCACCAUCCGUAAUCUCUUCAUCAGCUUCAUCGCCACAGUUUAUUAUUCCAUCGACGCCUCAACAACAAAGCCCCAACCAAAUACAAUCUCAACCUCCACCACAGUCACAACAACAAGCGAACGCACCACAAUAUCAUAUUUACCCUGUCACUAAAUGUAGAGCUGCAUCACCGCAAUUCAUUAACCAAUAUUAUACAACUACCACACCCGGUGGUCAGAGGCAAUUAGUUUAUGUUUCUCAUGUUGCCCCAGGCCAACAAUUCAUGACCAGUCAAACAAUUCACCAUCAUCCCCAUAUUCACCCUCAUUUACACUUACAACAACACCAGCAGCCGCAGCCACAACAGUCACAAACAAGCGGUCAAACAAUUCAUGGACAACCCACUCCAAUUCAACCAGGAACAGUGACCAUGGUUUCAGGUGCACCUCAAGGGUCAAGGGAAACGCCAUCACCCUCGAUAAUACAACUUCAUUGUAGACCAGGAUCGGCGAUGUCUAAUUCAUCAAUCGUUGGUUCAAGAAUUUACGCUCAACCCUUGCAACAUGGAUUCGUUGCUGUUCCCAAAGAUUCAUCUUUUCCUAAUCCAAGUGAGAUCCGACGUCGAGAUGGACUCAAUGCAUAUCCGAUCGUUAAAGAAGAUCCACUAAAUGUGGUCAACACUUCAAAUGGAAGCACAACCAACGGCAGCAGUCCAACUGCAUCUUCAUUAUCAUCUGCCUCAUCUUCCUCGUCCUCUUCGAUAUCUCCUUCAUCUUCAUCAACAACUUCAACUGUUCCUAAUAGUACCAAUAGUAAGAGCGGCAACUCUAGUGAUUCGACUAAUCUCACCUCAAGUGAUACCAAAGAUGAAUUAGAACAAUUUGUUGAAAACGAUAUUCAACGAAUCGAACGAAUCAAACGUCGCUACUCUCUAACCGAAGAAGGUGAUGACCCAACCUUCGGGUUCGGUCGACGUCCCUCAGUUCGAGGUAUUAAACCGAAAUAUGGUCCUAGUGAAAUAAUACGCCACAUGCAAAUGCAGUUGAGGCCAUCGGUUCAAUCGGUCGCACCACAAACUCUUCCCAAACAAGCAAAAGUUAUUAAUACUCAAAUUGUAAAUGAAUCUACUAAUCUGGUUUCUUCAGCUUCAUCUCAUGGCCUCACCACUUCAUUAUCCACCAUAACAACGGCCACUCCAGUAAUCUUGACAUCAGGCUCAGUUUCAUCACAAUCCUCAUCGUCACAAGUUCCUCGAACCGCACAAAUACAUCUAAUAACACGUCAUUCGCAUUCGCAUUCUCAUUGUCAUCCUCAUCUUAUUUCUGCGAGUCAAGUUGGUUCUGUUCCCAAUCUUAGGCAACAUUUGGUCUCAUCGACAUCUUCAAUCUCACCUUCUUCCUCUUCUACCUCCUCGCCUUCACCUUCCGGUCACAAUACAAUAGGUCACAGGCAUGUUUAUCUUAUACCCCAUGUUCAGGGUGGACCUCAAUAUCAAAGGAUUGUCCAGGCGGCGGGAGCGACUCUCCCUCGGCCUCAUCCCGGACAACAACAAGGUCAAUCUCAGCAUCAACCGUCAACUGGACUUACUCAACAAUUAUCUGCCCAACAAGCGGCCAUGUUAAUGAUGAAACAAAUAGGGGGUAGAGUGAAAAUAAUUAAUGGAUCUCAAUCAGCAGGGUCAAUCGGAAUUGUUGGUAAUCAGCCUCCAUUGUCCAGGCCAGCGUCUUCGUUGGGUCACAUUAUACAACGAGGUUCGGGAGAUGCUGAACUUAGACUGACUCCUCAAAGCUCAGCAUCUUCAUCAUCCGAUGUAACUUGUAAACAAUGUCCAGUUAGACCAGCAGGGUCAAUGGAACCACAACCAGGUCAACCUCAAUCGAUAACAAUUAUUAGUAAUAAGGUUGGACCUUGUUUAUUGCAACAUAAAACAAUUUCAAUGCCAAACGUUUCCUUGAUUAAAUCACUUCCUCAGACCUUAACUGUUGUCCCAAUUAAUGAUAUUAAAGAUGAGAGAGGAGCUCCCGAAGGAGCAAGUGCAUCACCAACUCAUUCAUCUGACAAGGAUUUUGUUGAAUCAAAUAAAGCAACAAAAUCUGUCGACGCAAAUGCUGAUACAAUGUCCACCGGAAGUACCAGUAGCUGUAGCAGUUCAACCAGCAGUGCUAACACAGGAACACCAUCCAGUAAUAACAACCUCAUCGUCAAUAACAACAAUAACAAUUUCAAUAACACGAAAAACAACAAUGAUGUAAACAAUUCAACCAGUAAUAGUAACAACCCGAACAAUACCAAUGCCAACAACAAUAAUAACAAUGAUAAUGAUGAUAUUACCGAGAAAAAUAAUAACAAUAACAAUACUAAUAAUCUGACAAACAGUAAUAAUAAUGUCAAUACGAAUAAUAAUAUUAAUAACAAUAUGAACAAUAAUCCUGAUCUAGUCAAAGAUGCAACGACUUCAGCUCUCAAAGCAAAGAAAACUAUUGCUUCUGAUAUGAAGGAUGGCAAGAGUAAACCAGUGUCCAGUAAAGAUGGUGUCAUAUACUAUUCAAUGAACGUUUAAUUUAAUCAAUACAAAGAUGAGCUGAUUGCCAAAAGGAUCAAUAGUCAGCUGAUUACUAUGGUGAACAAAAGUGCCACUCGGUUUUACACCAAACAAAAGAUGAGAAUCCAAGUCAACCUUUACUUUGCUCAUUAUCGAUCGCAGAUUCUGAGUAUUCACAUAAUAUACCAAAGUAUUUAUUUGUGAAAAGAUAAUUUUAUCCUACACAUCAGUAUUUUGUGUGUUCCAAGAUGAAGAUAAGUAAGGAGGAGGAAGAAGAAGAUGAAAUCACCAUCAUUAUUAAUGAACAUGGUAAAUGUUCAAACCCACACCGACAAAUUGCUGAGAAUUUUUGAUAAAGAUGAAGAAAUAUUGAAAAAAGUCAUCGGAAAGUUUUGCACCAAAAGAAAAUCCCCAAAAUGAUUAAUCAAUGAAAAACAAGAGAGCAGAUUCAAGAUCCCUGAUUGUUUUAUUAAAUUUGCUAACUCCCUCUUAUUUAGUCUAAUAUCUUGUUAUUAAUUAACUUAAUUAACCUGCUAAUAUUUACCGUUGUUUUCAUCACUUCUGUUAAUCUUAUCAUCAUCUAUCGAGAUGCCUCAUCACCAUCAUGAAUUUUCAAGCUGGAAACUCAGUUGAUCUGAUGGAUUUUGUAUUCCAAUCAAAUUGAUUUGAGAUGAAGAUCAUGAAAAGAUAUUUAAUUCACUUCUCUCUUCUAGUAAUAAGUUGAUAUAAUUUACUAAUUGAUUGUUAGGUUUCUUUGCAUCAACAGAAUCAACAAACGAAACAAACGAAAUAAUUCAACCUCUUCUGUUAAAGCUUAAUUAUAGUUGAUUGAUUAACGUUAACUUGUUAAUUAAGCUAAAUUGUUAAUUCUCUCUCUUUGAAUCACAAUUAACCUUAAAUCUUGUUCACUGUUCACACCCUUGUUACCUUUAUAAAUAUUUUGCGAAAGAAUCAAGUAUUGGUCAAAUGAUUGAAAUUGUUACGAGUUGAGAUCAAAUUGUUACCGGAAGUAUCAGAAUAACAAGAAAAUGGAUCAAAUCGGAUUGAAAUUUACAAAUGACAAUAAGAAUCAAUAAUUAGCUAAUUGAUUUUUUUUUCUUUUCCUUUUCUUCAUUUUCUCCCCUUCUAAUCAAUCACAAAUCUAAUUUGUAUAUUUAUAUUAAUUUGUAUUAUUUUCUUGAGUUUGUCCAGGAUAAGUUGAUAAUUUGUAGGCCUUUUAAUUGCGAAAGACGAAACAAAUAUAAUUGUACCAUCAUCAGAAUUGUAAAUGAAACAUGAACUUCAUGUUCAUGGUGAAUGUUUUUCUUUGUGUUCAUGAUGAUCAUCGUUUAAUUGUUCAUGAGAACACAAAAUGCUAAGCAAUUAGCAUCUCUAUUGUAAACCAUUUUGUUGGUAAAUCAUUUUUUCAUCAACAUCAAAACUCAUCCUGGCGACUCGAUUUAUCUUCAUCCUUUUUUGUUCCUCAUCUCAUUGUAAAACAACAAUUCUAAUUCCAACUGAUCUGUAUUCCUUUGACAUUGACUUUAGAUUAUUAUUAUUAUCAAUUAAUUAAUAUUAUUGUAAAAGUUAUAAAAACAAAGCAACAAACAAAUGACUGGAAAUAAAAUUGCCAAAGUUGUUGUA